GGCCCCCUCCUCUUCCUCACCCUUCCUUGCUCAGAACCCUCUGCCCUUCCUAACCUCACACUGGGCUGCAGUUUUCCUGGCUGGCCUGGCGUCUUACAUAACCCUUCUAUUCCAGUGGCCUCUUGUUCACCUGUGGUCUUUCCAUGGAAGUCCCUUCUGGAAGUUCCGUGCCUUGAUCCAGCCCAGGCUAGCCCCUGCAUGCGCUCACAUACACACCCUGCUCACUUCCCUCCUCUCCAUCCUUCACCCCAGGAGCAGGCAAAUUGGUUGUGGUUGACAGUUGGCAUAUCAGGGUAGACUAGGAGGAUGCUGGGGACAAGACGGGAGCAUAACUGUAGCUGCAGCGAUGGCCUGAGAACAAGCAGCCCUGUCUUCCCACCCUUUUCAAGAGAGACACUGGAGGCGGCACUGGUUGCAGGAUCCGUGCCACACGUUGUUGGCGGUGGCACAGCAGCUGAAGCCCCUGAGAGAGAUACCAGAUCCAGAGACGAGGGCGAAAUCCUAGCGAAGCUCAGCCUUCUGCUUUACUCCACCCUAAUCUCGCCUGGGGGCGGGACGGAGCCUGUAAAAGAGGAAGCCGGAAGUUAGGCGUUUGGAGCCACGCUUAGCUCAGUUUCCAGCGGUUAGCUUCUGACUAUCGGGCGGGCUUGAGCCGGGACCUGGUCUUGGGGUGGUUCCCUCUUGCCCAGGUCCAGUGUCCACUACCCGGCUCUGUCCCAAGCGAGGGCUGUUUACGUGCAUACUGUUAAGUGAGAGUGGGCAGUGCAACCACCUGCCGGCAGAGGGCGUGUUGAGUUAGAGCGGAUCAAAGUGGCCAUGGGCACAGCACUUGUGUACCACGAGGACAUGACAGCCACCCGACUGCUCUGGGAUGACCCUGAGUGCGAAAUUGAGUGCCCAGAGCGCCUGACAGCUGCCUUGGAUGGCCUGCGGCAGCGUGGCCUGGAAGAAAGGUGCCAGUGUUUGUCAGUUUGUGAGGCAUCAGAGGAAGAGUUGGGACUGGUGCACAGCCCAGAAUAUAUAGCCCUGGUGCAGAAGACCCAGACCCUGGACAAAGAGGAGCUCCACACACUGUCUAAGCAGUAUGAUGCUGUCUACUUCCACCCGGAUACUUUUCACUGUGCAAGGCUGGCAGCGGGGGCUGCACUGCGGCUGGUGGAUGCUGUGCUAACAGGAGCUGUGCACAAUGGCGUUGCCCUGGUGAGGCCUCCAGGGCACCAUAGUCAGAGGGCGGCUGCCAAUGGCUUCUGUGUGUUCAACAACGUGGCUAUAGCAGCCAGACAUGCCAAGCAGAAAUACGGGCUGCAGAGGAUUCUCAUUGUCGACUGGGAUGUCCACCAUGGCCAGGGCAUCCAGUAUAUCUUUGAGGAUGACCCCAGUGUCCUUUAUUUCUCCUGGCACCGCUAUGAGCAUGGAAACUUCUGGCCGUUCCUCCCAGAGUCUGAUGCAGACACAGUUGGCCGAGGGCGGGGCCAAGGUUUCACUGUCAAUUUGCCCUGGAACCAGGUUGGGAUGGGAAAUGCUGACUAUUUGGCUGCCUUCCUGCAUGUGCUGCUCCCGUUGGCCUUUGAGUUUGACCCUGAGCUGGUGCUGGUGUCAGCUGGAUUCGACUCUGCUAUUGGGGACCCUGAGGGGCAGAUGCAGGCCACCCCUGAGUGCUUUGCCCAUCUUACACAGCUGCUACAGGUGCUGGCUGGUGGCCGGAUUUGUGCUGUGUUGGAGGGUGGAUACCACUUAGAGUCCCUAGCACAGUCAGUGUGCAUGAUGGUGCAGACAUUGCUUGGUGACCCCACACCUCCCCUUCCUGGGCUCAUGGUGCCAUGUCAGAGUGCCCUGGAGUCUAUCCAGAGUGUUCGGACAGCCCAGACCCCUCACUGGACAAGCCUCCAACAAAACGUGGCCCCAGUUCUGAGUUCCAGCACCCACUCUCCUGAAGGGAGCUCUCUGCCUGUGCUUGCUGACAGUUCCACAUGUACAGUAGCAGAGGAUUCACUGAGCCCCUGCCUGGACAGACCGUGCCACCGCCCUACGCCCCCAAUCUGCAUAGCUGUUGCCUUGGCUGUGUCAGGUGCUGCCCUGGACUUACCUCCUGGAGUGCUCCAUCAAGAAGGGUCAGCCUUGAGGGAGGAGACCGAGGCAUGGGCCAGGCUUCACAAGUCCCAGUUUCAGGACGACGAUCUUGCCGCACUGGGGAAGAGUCUGUGCCUCUUAGAUGGAAUCCUGGAUGGGCAGAUAAGAAGUGCUAUAGCAACCACAACUGCCCUUGCCACAGCAGCAACUUUGGGUGUGCUCAUUCAGCGAUGUGUAGCCCAUAGAGGUCAGAGGAGAAUUCUGUGGCUCAGCAUCCGGGGCAAGGAGGCAGACAUCUGGUCCAUGUUCCACUUCUCCACUCCACUGCCACAGACAACUGGAGGGUUUCUGAGCUUCAUCUUGGGUCUGGUACUGCCCUUAGCCUAUGGCUUCCAGCCUGACAUGGUGUUGAUGGCCCUGGGGCCCGCCCAUGGCCUGCAGAAUGCCCAAGCUGCUCUCUUGGCUGCAAUGCUUCGGAGCCCAGUAGGGGGCCGAAUUCUAGCUUUAGUGGAAGAGGAAUCCAUACUCCAGCUUGCAAGAACCCUGGCACAGGUAUUGCAUGGAGAAACACCUCCCAGUCUGGGCCCUUUCUCGAUGGCAUCUCCAGAGGAGAUCCAGGCCCUUAUGUUUCUAAAAGCUCAGCUGGAGCCUCGGUGGAAGUUGCUGCAGGUGGCUGCUCCUCCACCAUAACCGUGAUCGCCAGUCGCUUGAAAUCGGCCAAAGAGGGCGAUUCCUAGUUGAAGAGCACACUCUGGCGCCCAUGGCCCGAGACCUACGUCCCGUCUGUGGCCCAGCUUCCUACCUCCAGAACAAUAAACAUCGGCUAAACAGAA